AUGCCUUCUUCACUCCACCUUCUCCUUUCUCUCUCCACUUGUUAUUUCUUUUUCUUCCUCUUCCAAUCCUCCAAUGCACAAGAAUCCAACUCCUUAGACUCGGUCUGCAGACAAAGUACAUGCGGAAACGUCGUCAUCUCCUCCCCGUUUUGGACAAUCAGCUCUAACGAAACCUCUGCCGCCAACGCCUCCAGAGCUUACUAUUGCGGCUACUAUGGGUUCGGAAUUGAUUGUGUCGAUAAUCAACCCAUUUUCAGUAUUUCUAACGUUAACUACACCGUUCAAUCUAUCGAUUACAUCGAUAAAACCUUCACAAUCGUAGAUACGAACGCAAUCAAGGCCAACCCAUCAUGCCCCAGAGCUCGUCACAACGUUUCAAUCGAACAUCUCCCUUUGGUUUUCUCAAGUUCAGAUCUGAAUCUCACGUUUUACUUCAACUGCAGCAGCAAUUUGUCGAAUCACGCCAAUGAUAUACAGUGUUUGAAAUCUGGUGAAAAUUUAUCUUUCGUAUUUGUGAAGGGGAAGGAACCAGAGUUACAAGAUGGGGGUUUUAUUAAUUGGGCUUCGGAUUGCGAUGAGGUUGUGGAUGUGACGGUGAUCGAUGGGGAAAUCGAUCAAGGAAAUAAUCUAAUUGUGGGAUUUCCCGCGGCCAUGAAAAAAGGAUUCGAAUUGAAUUGGAGUCAAUCGGAGGAUUGUGAAAAGUGUAUGAACACAGAUGGGCGGUGCGGCGUUAGUAAACUUAGCGAUGGAACAGAGAAUUUCGCGUGUUUUUGCUCCGACGACGGCAGCUUCAAAACCACUGAUAAUCACUGCGGAGGAGGGAGAAGCCUUAAUCUGCCAAAACUAGUAGGUUUAGUAGUUGGAAGCUUGUUAUUUCUUUGUUGUUUUGGCUAUUGUUUGUGGAAGAAAAUUUGGUUCAAAGGGAUAAUAAUGUAUACCAAAUCCAAGGAUGAGGAGAAACUCGAGUCAUUCAUCAGAAAUCAUCAAACUAUGGCCUCAAUGAGAUAUACCUAUUCUGAAAUUAAGAGAAUCACGAAUUCUUUCAAAGAAAGAUUGGGUGAAGGAGGAUAUGGAACAGUUUACAAAGGAAAACUCCUCAAUAAUAACCGUCUUGUAGCCGUAAAGAUCCUUAAUAAAACAAAAGGGAGUGGAGAAGAUUUCGUCAAUGAGGUCUCGAGUAUUAGUAGGACAUCACAUGUUAACAUAGUCAACCUCUUGGGGUUUUCUCUCCAAAGUGGAAAAAGAGCUCUAGUUUAUGAGUUCAUGCCUAAUGGAUCAUUGGAUAAAUUUAUUCACAAGGAUUUUGUGCGGAUGGGGAAGUGGGAAAAGUUACGCCAAAUUGCAACAGGAAUAGCUCGAGGACUUGAGUAUUUGCACUUAGGUUGCAACACACGAAUACUGCAUUUCGACAUAAAGCCAGAAAAUAUUCUACUAGAUGAGAAUCAUUGUCCUAAGAUCUCGGAUUUUGGUCUUGCCAAGAUGUGUGCCAAGAACGAAAGUAUCGUGUCAAUGUUUGGGGCGCGAGGAACCAUUGGAUACAUAGCUCCAGAAAUAGUAAGUCGAAUAAUAGGACCAGUCUCAUACAAGUCAGAUGUUUAUAGCUAUGGAAUGUUGGUAUUGGAAAUGGUUGGAGUGCUGAAGAACACAAAUAACCGUAAUGAGAAUAUGAUGGAGGCAAGUAGUGAGAUGUACUUUCCAGAUUGGGUUCACAAGCAUCUUGAAGAAGACAAUAUUGAAGACUUAUUACAAGGAGACAUGAAAAAUGAAGAAAUUGAUAUUGCAAGAAAGAUGAUAUCAGUUGGAUUGUGGUGUGUACAAAUGGACCCAUUGAAAAGGCCACAUAUGAGUAAGGUCGUGGAAAUGUUGGAAGGUACCCUAGAUGCAAUGCACAACCCCCCAAACCCUAAUGCUCUUUCCUCGAGUGUUAUUGCAAACUACUCUUCUUUGAGCUCAGUGGUGGGUGAUUUUGUGUAG